GUUCGGCGGUUGCGAUGCCUGCUCCGGGGUCAGCUGCACUCCCGAUGGCCUCAUAGGCCUCAACACCUAUGACUGGAAGUACUUGUGCAUUCCGGCCUUGCCCUGCUUCGGCCCCACGAAGUCACCGCCCUUGCUGAAGCCGAACGCGAAGCUUCCCCUGAUGUUGUCCCUCAUCAUGGGCUUGCAGCAUGCAUUGGCCAUGUUGGGAGGCAUCAUCACUCCUCCUUCUCUUAUCUCCGGCGAUGCAUGCUUUGCAUGGCAGUUGGACCAGGAACUUUGCGACUCCAGGCAGUACAUGAUCUCCGCAGCACUCAUCUGCUCGGGUCUGCUGUCGUUGGUUCAAAUCCUUCGCUGGAAGUUGAUUGGAGGCUACACCCUCGGGACCGGCCUUGUCUCCGUGAUGGGUACAUCCUUCACCUUCCUGCCCAUUGCACGCGAGGUGGUGGUGUCCGAGAUCCAAGCAGGCAGGAGCGGUAUGGAUGCCUAUGGAAAGUUCUUGGGCACCUGCCUGGCAGCGUCCCUCACGGAGAUCUUCAUCUCCUUCGUGCCUCCACGCUACCUGAAAAAGAUCUUCCCGCCUGUGGUCAGCGGCACCUGCGUCAUCCUCAUUGGUGCUGGGCUUUCAGUCGCAGGCCUGAAGUACUGGGGUGGUGGUGUGUUCUGCGCGGAGAACGACAUGUCCCGUGCUGCAGCGUUCGGUGCACCACAGGCAUGCACUGGCAACGGUGACGUGGCCCUUGCUUAUGGUGAUGUGCAUUACUUCGGCCUUGGAUUGAGCGUCAUGCUUUUUUUGGUCUUCAUUCAGGCGGUCGGCUCUCCCUUCAUGAAGAACUGCUCUGUGGCCCUGGCUCUCUUUUUCGGCUUCUUCGUUGCGGGUGUGUCUUCCUACACAUCAGAGAGUGGCCAGUCUUUGGCGUAUGUGAACAGCAACAAGAUCGAUGCUGCAGGUGCUUUCACCUUCCUCUGGACGACCACAUUCAAUAUCGGCUUCUACCCUCCGGCAUUUAUCCCCUUGGUGCUGGGCUUUGUUAUCAGUGCAGUUGAGACAGUCGGUGACAUUCAGGGCCCGGAUGCGGACUCUCGAAUCCAGGGUGGUCUGCUUGCCGAUGGCCUGAACAGCUUCCUGGCCUGCCUGAUGACCUGCAACUCAGAAGCAAGAACUGCCAUGGUAUGGAAGUUUGGAGCUGCCAUAGCCUCGAUCCCGGAUGCUGUCUUGGGCGGUAUGACUACCUUCUUGUUUGCAAACGUGUUGGUCUCUGGAGUAAACAUCGUUGGUGGUGGCAGCGGAAGUAUGGGUCGACGUACCCGUUUCAUCCUGGCAGUUUCCCUUGGCGUUGGCGUAGGGGUUGCAGCCCUGCCAAAUUGGGCGGCCUGGCUGCUACAAUACAAGUUUCUGGUAGCCGUCAGCCUCUUUGUUUUCGAGUAUCCGCGGAGAAAGAUUGAGUCUUGCAUGAGCGUGACGCUAGCAAUACCUCUGGCCGAGGGUGGCGGACUGGCAGGCUUCCACGGUGGUAACCUCAAGCACAACAUUGGCCUCUGGCCCGCGAAGGACGUGUGCAAGGUCUUCCCUACUGAGACAUAUGAGGCUGAGGCGGCCAAAUGCCAGGUCAGCACCUACACUGCCUCCUCAGUCAGUGAAGUCGACUGCACUGGCAUGGGAGGCACCUACACUGCACCAGUCACGGCCACACGCACUGUCACCACCUGCAUUGGAACCAACGGCAACUGCUGUGUAGAGUAUGACGACAGCAAGAAGAUGUGGCGCGACUCCCUCAUCAUCAUCCUCAAGACGCCCUACUGCAUCGGCACGCUGCUAGCAUUGUUCCUGCACUUGCUGCUUCCCUUCGAGACUGAAGAGGAGGAGGGCGAGAACUUGCAGAAGCUCCCCAUUGGUGAGGUUAACCUCUGA